AAAGAACACUUUGCAGCCCCAUCUGCCACGACAACACCCUUUCUCUACACCUCUGCUUUUGCACCAAAACAACCACACUCAACCCCAAAUCAAUCAACAUGUCUGUCCAGGAUAGAGCCCAGGCCCAUCUGUCGCAGCUCGACAAGGAGCUGUCCAAGUACCCCGCCCUCACCAACUUUGAGAAGCAAACCUCGGUCCCCAAGGUUUACAUGGUCCUCGGUCUUGCCGGCCUCUACUUCUUCUUGAUCUUCUUCAACAUCGCCGGAGAGUUCCUUGUCAACAUUGCCGGAUUCAUCAUCCCCGGUUACUACUCUCUCAAUGCCUUGUUCACCGCCAGCAAGGUUGACGACACUCAGUGGCUCACAUACUGGGUUACCUUUGCUUUUUUGACCGUCUUUGAGAGCGCUGUCAACGCCGUCUACUGGUUCCCAUUCUACUACACCUUCAAGUUCGUCCUCAUCCUGUGGAUGUCCCUUCCUCAGACUUCCGGUGCCCAGAUCGUCUUCCGAUCUUUCCUCCAGCCCGUCUUCUCGCGCUACUUCUCACAGUCGGGCUCCACUGCUGCCAACCUCCGUGCUUCGGCCGACUCAGCUGGCAAGCCUCAUGUCUCUUAGAACGGUUGCAGCCAUUGUGCCUCCUUGGUAGCCGCAGAACCAGGCCAGAAUUAGGACAACGAAGUUCAAGAUAUACCUUCUGCUGUGCGAGAGGUGCAGGAUCGAACGGCUUGCGGUUACUGAGGCACGGAGAUGCUGCGUGAAUGCAAGAUGCACAGGUUACGGGUAGUUUUAUGACGGGGUUGACACGAGGAAAAGCAGAGGCAGGAAUCCUUACGUUUCACAACGACUUACCCAUGGAGCGUUGGAUUGGGUAUUGUGCUUUCUUAAUGACUGAAGUUCCAAGUUGCUUGCUAGCCAUGAUAUCAUGUAUUCGAGACAGCCUUGCCGUCUGGCAAUUAUCAAUCACACACAUAUCCCUGA